UUUUUCUUUUUUCCCGCGGCUCUCCGCGGCGCGGGCAAUUUGUAGGUAAUGGCGGGUGCUUGGUUUCCGGGUUGUUGCAAAGGAUGCUCCUCUGCUAGCUGUGCAUGUGGCGACAAAGGCAAGUGGAGCGACUCCUCGCUGUUAGGCAAGCGGCUCUCCGAAGACUCGGGCCGCCACCAGCUGCUGCAGAAGUGGGCGAGCAUGUGGAGCUCCGUGAGCGGGGACGCGUCGGUGGCCUGCACGGAAAGGACGCAGCGCGAGGAGGCUGCGGAGCCGGCCGAGGAGGAGGACAGGCCGCUGGUGUUUCUGUGCUCCCGCUGCCGGCGGCCUCUGGGCGAUUCUCUGAGCUGGGUGACGAGCCAGGAGGACACCAACUGCAUCCUGCUGCGCUCUGUUUCCUGUAACGUUUCUGUGGAUAAGGAACAGAUACUGUCCAAACGUCAAAAUGAAAAUGGUUGCAUUCUGGAGCCUUUGUACUGCGCGGGGUGUUCGCUCAGCCUUGGCUACGUUUACAGAUGCACACCCGAGGAUCUAGACUACAAGAGGGACUUGUUUUGCCUCAGUGUUGAAGCCAUUGAAAGUUAUGUUUUAGGGUCCUCUGAAAAGCAAAUUGUGUCAGAAGAUAAAGAGCUUUUUAAUCUUGAAAGCAGAGUUGAAAUAGAAAAAUCUCUAAAGCAGAUGGAGGAUGUUUUGAAAGCAUUACAAACAAAGCUGUGGGAGGCUGAAUCAAAAUUGUCCUUUACCAGUUGCAAAAGCUGAAAUCGGUUCCAAGUCCCCCUUCUGGAGUCUUCCACUGGUGGACAGUUGUUUCACACGUAGCGUUUCUUGUUAUAAUUUACUUCACUUCGAAUGGAAAGAAUUCUGAAUGGGCAUGUACAUUGUAUUCUCUUGUACUGGUCAAAUGAGAAGAAUCGUAAAUUACUUUCCCGGCUGUACCUGAUGGUAGAAGGAGGAUUGUUUCCCAAAUUCCAGUUUUAAAGUCGUGAUACUUGCUGGAAGUGGCAUUUAGGGGUUUUUGUCUGGAUAACAAACUGCUGUGAUUUUCUAGACUGUUUUCUCUGUACCAAAUUCAUUAUUCUUUAUUUCCUAUUUCUUUAAACUUUAUUUCAUCUUUAAUACUUUGAACAAUAUUUAAUAUUGAGUGGUAAGAAAAUCUUAGAGGUUUUUCUACCCACUAUGUGGUUGACUCUUCUCUGAAACGAAUGCGUACAGCUCUGUGGAGAAACUGAUCAGCUGAGUCACUUGUCAGGACUGUUUGAAACCUUGCACAGGAGCAGAACAGCAUGUAUUCUAGUAGUCGCAGAAUUCCACUUACCCUGUUAAUUUGCUACUGUAUGCCCCCCAAAUCUGGCAGAAUAUUUACCAAAGUGGUAGUCAUUUCUGAGGGUGGGAUUCUGGGGAUAUUUUCAGCUUUCCAGUUUUCUAUAAUGUAGGACUUAGAGUAAGCGCAUGUUAUUUUUAUAAUCAGGGAGAAAAUAAAGAUUAAAGCAAAAUGUU